AACAAGUCCUGUUAUCUGUUAUUUUGCACUUCUUAUUAAUUAUUGGGAAAUAUCAGAAUGCUGAAUGCCAAGACUGACCAGAUUACUUUCUGCUGAACUGUGUACUUACAGUACUCAUAAUUAUUCUGCUCUUUUCUAGAUGAGCUAUUAGAUAUUGACCCGGACCAGAUUAUUUUUACGAUUAUUAAUACAUCGCAUGGUAUUAAUAUAAGAUGGAGGACCCCAGAUGAAAACGAUAACCCCGAGUGUUAUGAAGCUGAAGUGCAGUACAAAAACCAGUGUGUCAAAGACUGGGAGGUAUUGAACACUCGCAGACACUUACACAUUUGAGCUGCAGUAAGACUUGACUCGAAAAAUGCUCAUGAAUCUUAUAUGCUGACAUGCAGGACAUUCACAGCAUUAAAGUGAAACAAACACAAAUGGAGAAUCAUUUGAACCUGACCUAUAUCAGCAUGAAAAAGAAUUACGAUUUCAGAAUAAGAAUGAGGAAGGAGUGUCUGCAAAAGCCAUGGAGCAAUUGGACAAAAGUGCAAAGUUGGGGAAACAAUGCAGGUGCUUGUGUGGUAGAAGCAUCCGCCUAUAUUUGGGUUUAUAUUUUGAUAAUUGUGUUGCCACUAACCGCCUUUCUUCUGGUUUGUCUGUUGACUCAACAGGGAAUUAGAAGACUGAUUUUUCCUGAAGUACCAGAUCCCAAACACUUCAAAAAUAAAAUCAUGGACGCUGAACAGUUUCAGCUGGGCUUAAACCAUGAUCUUUAUCCAAUAAAAGAACACAGUUUAAGUGGUGGGAGAACUCUACUCAGUGGAAUGAGGAAUGCUCAACAACAGAUGUUGAGAUUAUGGACAAGAAUGAAAUUGAAGAGCAACAUCAAACUUUGGUAAUACAGCCCAUGGACACCAACCCAGAGCAACAUG